UACAGUCUGCUCACAUCUACAAAUAUAAAUUGUUGUUUGUUUGUAUGUUUGUUUGUUUGUUUGCUUGUUUGUUCUAUAUAUGCUUAAAGUAUGCACACACAAAAAAACAGCUGUGUUCUGACGCAACCUUAAUAAAAAAUGAAGCAAAGAAAGAUGAGACCACAGAAUUCUACACUUCUAAGUGUAGAAUUCUGUGGAUGAGACCGAUAUAGAUCUAGUCCCCACAGGCCUAUAUGAUCAGGUGAUGUGAGAAGUCAUAAUGUCCCUCGUUUUGCGUUUUCGAUCCGUAAUUAUAUGAUACGAUAUAUGUCAUGAUCUCAUUGAAAAACAAAAGGAAAAACAAAACAAACAAACAAAUCAACAAACAAACAAAUAUAUAGAAGUAAAAGGAGACAGAGGUAGACCGAGGAGUAAUGACUGACAGAACUCGAACAGAUGGGUGAUGGGUUGGUUUUUAUUUUUGUUUUGUUUGUUGCUGUUGCUGUUUUUUUUGUUUGUUUGUUUGUUUGGUGAGGUGGGGGGGUCAGGGCAUUUGGGUAAAAAAAUGAGUGGUGUUGUAUGCUGGCCGACAUCUGUUUCAAACAGAUACUGGCGCUUGAAGUAGAAGGAAAAUAGCCAGCCUGCAGUCAUGGGGCAUAUUAUUCCCAAACGUUCGCGGAUGGUAACUCACUCCAACUCCAACUGCUCAGACUAGAUCUAGAUUCUAGAUUCUAGAUUCUAGAUCUAGAUCUAGAUCUUUAUUUUGAAGACGGAUCAACAGAAAAAGAACUCGACAGACUCUUUGUAGUUUCAUAUUUCCUUCUCUGUUCCUCUUCAAAUGUGUGUUGGUGUAAAUGAAAAAAUACGUUUACUUGUUGCCAUUUGGCGAAAGUCUCUAAUUGUACCUUAUUUUUUAAGGACUACAAACAUUGAAAGACAUUAAAGGUAUGGACAUAUAUUUUCUUUUUCAUUAUUAUCUCCCUUACACGCAUGGCCGCCUCCAUGGCAAAACAGUGUGUGUUAGUGUUGUCGCCAAUACCGAACUGAUCUGAUAUUUUUCUUGACGUUACAAGACACUUCUUGACUUCUACGCAAGAUGAAAAAGAUUAUAAGCAAGGCAAAACCAAGUGGCCCCAAAAAAGGCAAGACUAAGGCAAGUGUUCACAAAGCUAGUUUGCAGAAACUUGCCAACAAAAAGACCAGCCGCCUUGCAAAACAGGGCAAGCUUAACAAAGGAGAUAAAAAGAAAAAGAAAUGGAAGGCUCGGCAGGAGGAAGCAAACAAGGAGAGUGAGCGUCAAGCACAGCUCUCAGCAGUAAAUUCCAAUGAGGAAGAGGAGAGUGAUUCUGGGGGUGAAGAGAGCGCCCCUGAGGAGGUGGAGUAUUUCCGUCAUUUGCAGAAUGCCAGAGGUUUUGCUUCUAUGGAUCUUAAUGCAAAAGAGUCACAUGAGCCGAAGGGUAAAAAGAGAAAGAGGACCAGUGACGACGAAGAGGAAGAUUACGAACGCCAGCCGAGAACUUUCCUUGAGGACAAGAACGAACAAAAUAUGAAAAUGAUGCUUCCAAUCAUUUCAAAGGGGAAAGUUAUCAAAAGAAUGAUGGAGAAAGAAAAGGAUGAACCCAUCAACGGUGAUGCCGAGAAAGCCACUGACCAGCCUGGAGAUGGGGGAGCUCAAGGAGAAGAAAACGGUACAGAGGACAAAGCAGAGGAGGAAGUUGAUGAAAGAGCGUAUCUGGCGUCUCUGAACAGUGCCCAGCAGUUUGCCUACUGUCAGAGUAAACUGGCAGAGAAGAAACAGAAGAUUGCUUCCUUGUCUCAGAAUGUGUUGGAGGACCCCCAAAAUAAUAUGGCUAAGCUGAAGGAGCUGCGUCUGCUGCUGGGGUCACAAGACCCCGGGAUAGCUCUGAGUGUGAGGAAGUACGCCAUGGUGUCAAUCAUGGAGGUCUUCAAGGACAUUGUUCCUGGCUACAGACUACGUAUACCCACAGAGAAGGAACGGACACAGAGGGUCAAGAAAGAAACGAAAACUCUAUGGGAUUAUGAAGCAUCCUUUCUGCUCAACUACAAGAUUUAUCUCGAGUUCUUGGAACUAAUGGCAAAACGAAAACCCAUAGCAGAAAAGACAUUUUUGACGAAGCAUGGCAUAACAAACUUGAAACUUUCAAAACCAGCAGCUUUUGAUCUAGGGAAAUUGGCUCUGAGAUGUCUAUGUGAGAUGUUGACCAACCAUCCCCACUUCAACUACAGAGACAACGUGAUAGUGUCCAUCUCUCCGUUCACCAACCAUAAACGCCCUGAGUAUAACUAUGUUGCAUGUGAGGCUGUGAAAACAGUUUUCAAGCAAGACAGACUUGGUGAUGUUACUCUUGAGGUGGUCCGAGCCAUCGGCAAGAUGGUGAAACAACUCAAGUUUGAUGUGAAACCUCAGGUUUUGGAGACUUUCCUUGUAUUGAAGAUCAAGGAGGUGGAUAUGAGUGGCUCAGCAGCGACCACGGAGAAAAUGAAGCGGAAAGAGAAAAUGAUGAAGUAUUCAAGGAGGGAGCGGAAGCGCCUCAAACAGAAAGAACAGCUGGACAAAGAGUUGCUGGAGACGAAGGCGUCGGCUGAUAAACACAAGAAGCUCAGGCUGCAUACAGAGGUGAUUCAGGCAGUGUUUGAGACGUACAUCCGAGUGAUCAAACUUUCCCCGGACUCAGCCUUGCUGCCCGCUGUUCUCGAGGGACUAGCAAAGUUUGCUCAUUUGAUCAACAUUGAGUACUUUGACAGUUUGUUUGCUGCUCUCAACGGCCUCAUUGAGUCAGGGAACUUGACCACCCGUGAGAGCCUCCACUGCAUGCAGACAGCCUUCACCAUCCUGUCUGGGCAAGGCUCCGUACUCAACAUCGACCCGGCCAGGUUUUACAAACACUUCUACUGUAACCUGGUCCCCGUGCAUGCAGGAGAGACGUCAGAGACAGUGCCAGUUGUGCUACAAUGUCUGGACGUGAUGAUCAGCAAGAGGAGAAAACAGGUGUCACAACAAAGGAUUUUGGCCUUCAUCAAGAGACUGACCACCAUCAGCUUACAGCAAAACCCAGAGGCUGCCAUCGCGCUAUUGGCUGCUGUGCGACAGUUUGUUCAUUCGUACAAGUACAGCGACCUCCUGUUUGACAACGACAUACAGGGCAGUGGCGUGUACUUGCCAUACCUUGAGGACCCGGAACAUUGCUGUGCCAACAGUGCCUCUCUGUGGGAGCUGCAUCUCUUACGGCACCACUACAACCCUGCCGUACAGCUGUACUCCCGACACAUGAUCCAGAAGGCUCCCCUGGCCGGUCAGCACCAGCUGCCACAGCACAUGACCAGGAAGUCGCCAAUUGAGAUCUAUGAAGAGAUGAAUUCUAGAGAUGUUUUCCAUUCAGUUCCUGAGAAAUGUCCCAAGAAGAAGAGGAGACGGGCAGACUCUCAGCCACUGUUCCUGGACUAUCUCCGGUCGGUCAGCAAGGAAGCUGCUCAAGUCCUGGCAGCCGAGAGGGAAGAGUUGCCAGUGGUCAGUGAGGGGAUGGACACCAGCUGACACAGACUUUAAGGGGAUGCUCUCUCUGUGGGGCAGCUGUGUCAGUCUUUGUGUGGGAAGCUUUUGGUUAUGAGUUUCUGGAGAACUCAUGCAUUGAUUGGUUGACUUAUCCAUCAAAUCAUUUGAAUAAACAUGCCAGAUGAUGUAAAUGA